AUGGAGCAGAAAAAUAAUACAUUGACAGUUGAAGAUGUGUUUAUGCUGCUUGAGACAUUAAAGUCUAAUGGCACAUUUGAUGAAAUCCGUAAGCAUUGUAUUACUGAUAUCUAUGCUAAGCUAACUUACCAAAAUUGGAAACAGCUCAUAGAAUCAAAUGUCAACAAAUUUUUAAGUAAAGUGAAAUUUACACAGGAAUUAAACAAAAACACUGUUCGAGAACGUCUUAGAAAACAUUUACUUUAUGGAUGUGAAACUCAAGAUAUUGAAGAAGGAGCUGAUAGAAUACUUACUCAAGUACUUGCACCCCAUUCAUUAAGUAUUUUUGAACAUAAAAUAGCGGUUGCUGUUGAUGAAUACUUGGGGAUCAAAAAUAAAGCACAUCCAAUUGAACUAAACGGAUUAAAAGAAUCUAGAAUGAAUUUAAUAAAAGCAUCUAAUAUUGAAACGAGCACUGUUCUCAAUCCCAAAAUAGAUUUUAUCCCAGAUGCUGAUAACAUAGUGUUGGUUAGAACUAUAAAAGUUAAUAGAAAAAACUUGAGAUCAGGCAAUAAAGAAAAAUCUUCCAGUCUUUGUAAAGAGUCCAAAUCACUGAAAGGCAAUGAAAGUGAAGAUACAAAUCGUGCAGGAGGAUCUUCAAAACAAAAGAGUAGCCAACACAAAACUUCUUCAUCUGACAAAUCUAAGUCUUCCUCUAGUAAUCAUAAAAGUAUUAAAAAAGAUAAAAGUUGUAAAGAAGUUGUUGAAAAAUCUAAAAAUAUAGUUGAAAAAUAUAAAGAUGUUCUUAAUAAGUCUAAAGAUGUAAGUAAGCCUAAAGAUAUUGUUGAAAAAUCUAAGGAUAUUGUUCAUAAACCUAUAGACAUUGUUGAUAAACCUAAAGACAUCGUUGAAAAAUCUAAAGAUAAUGUUAAGCCUAAAGACAUUGUUGAUAAGUCUAAGGAUAAAUCAUUUUUGUCAAAGAAUUCUAAUAGUUCAAGUCAUAAAAGUAACCGGGCAGAUAGGAAAAGAACUAAACGUACUCUUGAAGAGAAAAAAAAAUCAUCUAGUCUUUGUAAAGAGCCUAAAUUAUUUAAAGGUAAUCAAAAUGAUAAUGAAAGUAAUUCAGGAGGAUCUUCAAGGCAAAAAAGUACCAUACACAAAAAUAAAAGUUCUUCGUCUAACAAGACUAAGUCGUCCUCAAGUAAUCAUAAAAGUAGUGGAAGAGAUUAUAAUACUACAGACGUUAUUGAUCGGUCUAAAGGCAAAUCUUUGUCAAAAAAUUCUAGUAGUACUGACAUUAUAAAUAAAUCUGAAGACAAAUCGCUGUCAAUGUUUUCUGACAGAACUGUUGAUAAGUCAAAAGACAAAUAUUUAUCAAAUAAUUUGAGUGGUACUGAUGUUAAUAAGUCUAAAGAAAAAUCAUUGUCAAAGAAUUCUACUAGUUCUGACAUUGAUAAAUCUAAAAUCAUACAUUUGUCGAAGAAUUCGAAUAGUACAGAUAUAACUGAUAAGUAUAAAAUAAAAUCCUCUUUUAUAAAAAAUACUAGAUCCAUACGUGUCGUUGAAAAGUCUAAGGACAAAUCUUUGUCAAGUUGCUCAAGUAGCUCAAGUCAUAAAAGUAAUCAUACUGACACUAAAAGGCUUAAACUUUCUCCAGUGGAAAAAAUGAAAUCACCUACAAAUAAAGUUAGUGAUGAAGAAAUGAAACCAGAAGAACUAGAAAAAUCUGAAUUGAAUGAUUUUCAAAAUUCUAUUCAUUCUAACAAUGACAUAGAUGUAAUAAUGAAGGACUCUGUGAGUACCUUAUCUAAUCAAAUAUUACACGAGGAAAUUGAAAAUAAUGAUGCAAAAGUAUUGGAUAAUGACAAAUCACUUAAUACCUUUAAAGGAUUUUCUAAAGCGGAUGCUAUCCCAUGUAAAAAUGAUCAACUAUUAAAAAAUGUGGUCAAAACCUUACAAGAACAGAUGAAUAAUCUUGAUAAAAUUGACAAUGGUUUCAAAGGGUUUACCAGUGCAGAAACAAAUCUGUGUAAACAUCGAGAUAUUGUUUAUGCGGAGCUAAUUAAACUGAAAGAAAGUGAAUCCCGUACAGGUUUUAUAGGAUUCUGCAAAAAAGAUAUUACGAUAAGUAUUGGACAUAAACAUGUCGUUCAACUACUUGAACUUUCCAAACAACAAAAUAAUGUAGAUAAUUAUCAACAAAACGUGAAGUGUGUUAGGAAUGGAAUCCAGAACGGAAAACCUUUUAAUGAAGUUAUGGCAGCACAUUUAUAUAAAAGUAACAAUGAUAAUGAUGCAAAGUCAAAAAAGUAUUACAGCCCACCAAUUAAUGAUACAAAAAGAGAUAGUCCUACUGUAAAUAAUAAUGAUCGCAAUCAUGAUAAUUGGAUUGUUGAACAAGAAAUUAAAUAUAAACUUUUACCUGUAAAAGUGAAACUUGAAAGAUUUACAUAUGAAUGUAAUAGUGAGUAA